CCUUCAUCCCCUCACCCCUCUCCUCCUCCUGUCAUCACCCUCGUUUCACGGCAGCAGACUAUGAGGUGAAAGACGGAAAAUAAGAGCCCUGCAGGGAUGAGUAGGGCAGUGAACUGCAUGAUGCACGUUGCUUCCCUCGCCACCCUCCUCUGCUACCACGGAGGCAUCCCCCUGGUCCAGGCCAAUCAGGGCAACGGAAAUCCGUCUGACGACGCAUCCGGAUGGCCGACGAGCCCGACUGCGAUUGUUGCCGACCGUCUGGCGGCAGUCACCGCUCUGGCAUCGUCUCCAUUUCGUUGGAUCGGGUCCGUCUCGAGGAGGAGGAGGACUUCGAGAAUGGCCUCCCUCGAAGUCUGCCUGCUUUUCACUCGUGCCUUCCGAGUGGAUCGCAUCUUCAUCGAUCCAAAGGCCGAAAUAAAGUUUUGCGAAAAGAAUCGGUCGAGAAAUGAAGUUAAAGCCAACGGCCGGAUUCAUCCCAAGAGCCAAUUCUACAACUACCAUCGAGUUUAA